UCGACCCGAUGGCUACCGUCGACUAGACUCGACCCUGGUCAAGUGGGAGCAUUCGGAACCCGUAGAGCUGCGCAUCGACAGAAGUUUUGCAAAAUGGGUGGAAAUAACAGCAGAACAGUGACUUUAGAAGAAGAAAGUGAUGGUGCAAUAACGAUAUCAGAAAAUGUAUUAAAAUUAAUGAUCCGGUCUUCUCAGGGUAUCAGUGAAGAUGAACAUGGAGGAUUUACAGAAACCCAUCAGGGUGAACAUAGCCAUAGUGACAGAGAAUGGAAGGAAAGAAUACGGCAAUUAGAGGAACAUUGGAGAGAAAGGUUACGCAAUGCAGAGGAAAAGAAUGCCAAUUUAGCUCAAAUAACAUCAGAGCAGUUUAACCAGGCUGCAGAAAACGUGGAAGCAAAAUUUAUGAAGGAAAGGUUUGUGCCAAUUUGUGAAAAGCUACAGCAAGCAGUUUUAGAUUGUUAUCAAGCAAACCCUAAGCAAGUUCUUAAGUGUUCCGAGGAAGUAAAAGCAUUUAAUGCAUGUGUGCAACACACACAAAAUAGUAUUUUGACAAGAAAAGAAAUGUCACCUUCAACUUAACCAAUUGUCCCAUUGAUUCCAGAGAGGAUAUCCGGUGUUAUAAAGCUAUGAAGUGUUGCUGAUGUACUAUAUAUUUUAUAAGAUUAAUGGGUUUUAAGUAUUGGCUUAAAUAGUAUUAACCUGGUGUUUUCAAGUAAUCUACACUGAAGUUUUGAAGCAAUUUGGCACUAAAGUUUUGAUUUUGCUACAGGAUGAAUAAAACAUAACUUUCAUUAUGAGGUUUAUGAAUUUUACAAGAAACAAUCCUGGGAAUGAAUGACAAGUGGCAUAUUACUAAGUAUUGAGGAUUUCGGAUACUGUGCUGUUUAGAUUUACAAUUACUUAAUGAUAUGUUGAUCUUUUGGAUUCUGAUAAAAAUUUUGUUCCAGAACUAAAACAUACUAAGUUGUAACUCCAAUUGUGAAUGCCAGGUGGAAGCUCAAUACAAGACUAUACAGUAAUACAGUAGUUGCAUCUAACAUAAUAUUCUGUAUGAAAUAAACAUUUAAGCUAUCUUUUGCUCAGAAGUGUUGUCUUGAGUCAAUUUGCUUUUAAAGCAAACCUGCCAGAUAUAUCCGGAUGUUGCAGCCCAAGUCUCUGCCCUUGACACCCCCACCCCCUGUUCAAAGUUUACAGCUUUGUUUACAUUUUUGUGAUUAAAGUUAAUAAAGAACAGCUUGAAGUCACAUACAAAAGAACAACUGCAGUUAUAUUUUUGGAUUUAAUCAUCUUUUCUGUCUUCUUACACUUCCAUACAAUUAUGCUAUUGCACAACAAAAGACAAUGUACAAAUAAAUGGAAUAUAAAACAAACCCCAAAAAAACUAAAUUCAAUGAAAAUAUGGAAUGGAAACAAUUAGCAAUAACAACAAUUGAUGUAAUAAUAGAUUCAAGUAUCAACUUGAGAUUCAUUAGCACCUUGUGGGGAAAAGAAAAUUUAGGGGAAAAAACACCCAGUGAAUUCAUCAGUAGGUA